AUGGAGAAUCCACACGCGGAACGCCAAAAUGUGCUCCUCCAGCGCAUCAUAAAAAAUGCGGACAAGUGCACGGAAACCAUUGUAGAGCUCAACCAGUGUCUAGAGGAGAUCAUCCGCGCAAACGCGCAUGUCAAGACGGCUGCGGACCUCGUUACCAAGUACCGCAAGAACGUGCAGUACAACCUAGAGGCGACAAGAGACCCAGAAUCCACUCGGAUACCGGAUAAAAUGUGA